GCUCUCGCGGUGCCUCGCCGCCCCCCCGCCCGCGUCCCCCUCUCGCCCUGGCCGCUCGCGCAGCUGCUCGGCUCUCGCUAUAUAAAGGGGCGAAGCGGGCAGAGCGGGCGGCUGGCGGCGGCGGCUGCAGCCCCAGGGCCGGCGAGCGAGGCCGGGCCAGGCCGCGGGGCUGCCCGUGAGCCGGGGCGGGACGCGCGCGGUGUUGGGGGGACGCGGCCGGGCAGGUUUAUUGUUUUAGGGGCGACUCCCCCCGCGGUUGGGGGCGUCCCGGGGGGCUCGGGACAUGGCGAGCUCGGCUAACACAAACCCCGUGCCUAAAUUGUACAGGUCUGUAAUCGAAGAUGUCAUCAAUGAUGUCAGAGAAGUUUUUCUGGAUGAAGGAGUGGAUGAACAAGUUCUAAUGGAACUCAAAACACUGUGGGAGAACAAGCUGAUGCAGUCCAAGGCUGUAGAUGGCUUCCACUCAGAAGAGCAGCAGCUUUUGCUGCAGGUGCAACAGCAGCAGCAGCAACAGCAGCAACAACAGCAUCACCACCACCACCAUCAUACACAACCUCAGCCGCAGCAGACUGUGCAGCAGCAGUCUCAGCCACAACAGGUCCUUAUUCCAGCAUCUCAGCAAGCACCUCAGCAGCAGGUUAUUGUGCCAGAUUCCAAGCUGAUACCACAUAUGAAUGCAUCAGGCAUGAGUGCUGCAGCCACUGCAGCUACGUUGGCUCUCCCUGCUGGCGUUACUCCUGUUCAGCAGAUACUUACAAAUUCAGGCCAGAUUCUCCAAGUAGUUAGAACUGCAAAUGGAGCUCAGUAUAUCAUUCAGCCACAGCAGCCGGUUGUUCUACAGCAGCAGGUCAUACCACAGAUGCAACCUGGUGGUGUACAAGCACCUGUAAUUCAGCAGGUUUUGGCUCCUAUCCCUGGAGGGAUUUCCCAGCAGACAGGAGUGAUUAUUCAGCCUCAGCAGAUCCUGUUUACAGGAAAUAAAACACAAGUCAUACCUACUACAGUGGCUGCUCCUACACCUGCCCAAGCACAGAUUCCUGCAGCUGGUCAACAGCAACCACAGCAACAACAGGCGCAGCCACAAGCACCGCUCGUGCUCCAAGUUGAUGGAGCAGGGGACACAUCAUCUGAGGAAGAAGAAGAUGAGGAAGAAGACUAUGAUGAUGAUGAAGAGGAAGACAAAGAAAAAGAUGGAGGUGAAGAUGGCCAGGUUGAAGAGGAGCCCCUUAACAGUGAGGAUGAUGUGAGUGAUGAGGAAGGACAAGAACUGUUUGAUACGGAAAAUGUUGUUGUGUGCCAGUAUGAUAAGAUCCACAGAAGUAAAAACAAAUGGAAAUUUCACCUCAAAGAUGGCAUCAUGAAUCUUAAUGGAAGAGAUUAUGUAUUUUCCAAAGCCAUUGGGGAUGCAGAAUGGUGAAGUUUUUAAGACAAAGCAAAAAAACAAACAAACAAAAACUCCCUGGAAGAGGAAAAAAAUUCAAAAGCAGGAAAGGUUGAGACUUGGACAUGUAUUUCAACCAAAAUAUGUAUCUGCACAUCAGAAAUAAAGCAUAAACAAAACUAUUGGAACAAAGAUAAAAUGUGGCAACAAAGACACUACUUCAGAUGAGCAAGCCAUGGACUGUAGCAGCUAUAGCAUUGUCUGGGAGCUGGUUUUGUGUGUUAGGAAUACCUUAAUUAUCAAUUCUACCUACAGGUACCUACAGCUGGUAUUUAGCAUGUAAGGCUUUGUCUCCCCCUUCUUCCCUUGGUUUAAGAUUUUAAAAUAUUUCUUCCACUGAUUGAAGGAACUCUUCCCUUUGAUAGAUUAUUAAUCUGAAAAUGCUUAUUGUGUGUACAAAUCUUUGCUUUGAACACUUCCUUUUGGUAGUGAGGAUGGUAAGAAUGUUACUUAAACUGCGUGCAAGCUUUGUACAGAAGGGUAAGAAUUAAGGUGUUAAAUUUUAAAUAACUUGUAUAAGGAAAAUAUUUUUAAUUCUGAUAAGCUCAUUAAUUAUUAUAUCUAUUUGUUGUUUUCAAUUCCAUUCCCCAUAAACAAGUUCUUGUUCCUAGCAGUUACAAAAUGGUAAAACGAUCAUUUAUAUUUCAAAAUUAUUUUUAUUUCAUGUGAAUGGCAUCUUUUACUUAGGUCUAUAUUUUUUAAAUACUAAGCACCUGUAGCUCCCCCCCAAAAAGUCAGACUGCUUAACCCUUUAACUGUAUUUUUGCUGUUUGAUGGUCAUUCAGCAUCACUGAACUGAAAGGAAUCAUAAUAGUUUCUACUGACUUAAAAAGGCUUUGGAAACCUUUUGAAUGAAAUGUGUAGGUAAUCACAUAAUAGAUGCAUUCCUUCACUUAUAUACUACAUCUGUAGUCUAGACAUCCACAAAUAUUUGAACAGACCACAGGAAUGACUAAAUUUUUAAUAUAAAAGACACAUAAAAGUUCUGUUAGCUGCAAGUCUGUUAAUCGAAGGUUUGCUUACUAAAAAGUGUAGCCUUAAGUUACCUGCAGCAGUUAAUCUCUCUAAAGUUUCCAGGUGGCAUGUAGUUUUGUGAAGAGAGCUGCACAGCUUUGAGAACACAAACUUUGUUAGAGUAUCUUUAGGCUGACUUGGUAAUGGAAAAUCAAGUAGUCAGAUGCACUAAACCUCAUGUAAUAGCUUUUUCACUUGCCUUUUCUAGAGUGAUUUUUCUUUUUUUUUUUUUUGGAGAGGGUUGUUGUUGUAAAAAGCAGCAAAGUGGUUCCCCCCACCCCCACUCCCCUCUUCUUAGAAUUGUGAACACCUUUUCUUCGUGCAUUGGUUAUUCUUCCAAACCCUGCUUUUAGAAAUGCAAUUUUGAACGAGGAGAGGGAAUGGGCAUUAUACUUAAACUGUUGAGGAGGAAUGUUCAUGUGGCUCACCAUUUCAGAAAAUGCUGUUUUGUUUGGUGCUUGGGAGAAGAAAAACAGUGAAAAGGACACAGCAAAGAUAAUUUUAACUGAAUUGGGGAAGAAUUUCAGAAGCAGACAUUUGACCCACAAUUUCUGGCCUUUCUUCUUUCUUCUUGAGAAUGAAACUAUUAAAACAUUAUUUAACAAAGUCAUAAGUGUAUUUUAGCAGUAUAUAAGCACUGUUCUCAUUUUCAUUCUGCUUUACUUGCCACCAAGUGCAUUCAUAGUCUCAGUAACAUGUAGAAAAUUCAAAUACAUUGUAAAAAGGGUUUUUCUUGCUGUGACUUUUCACAGCUGUGGUCUCAUUGACACAGACUGAAACAGUCUGUAGGCUGUGUCUAGAGCAAUGUUUUUUAGUAAGCCAUCCACAUACAUAAGCUUUUGAAAAGUUAAUUUCUGGUUUUACUAAUUCAUUGUUAAGUAGUGGUAUAAUCACAUAGAGUACAUUUUUGUCUCGGGUCUUCAAGUUAUCUCAAACCGACUGGUGUUUGUUUUCUUCUGAACAAAGCAGAAAACGUUUUUUUACCACUGUCGACACAAACUAUGUAUAACUACAAUGAAAUCAGUAAUGUAUCAGCUACUUCCUUUCCUCGUCUUUCCCAAAUCUAUUACAUUAAUCUACUAUUAUUGUCUUAUAAAAGACUUCAAACAGAUCCCAUGACGCUGCACAACUGAACCAGUAAAAAGGAAAAAAAAAUCCCUUUAUCUAUAGAUUCCUGUUUAUGCUACUGGAAACCAGAUUACUGUACAAUACUUCGUUUUCAUACAUCUUUGAUUCUUCACCCACUUGUGUAUACUAGAAGCUGCAUAGCCUUUUUAUUUAUUUCUAAGGGAUACCAGAACUUUAAAGGUAACUUAAACAUAGCCUGUUUUGAAGGAUGUUAGAAGUUAUCUGAACUUGCACAGUCUCUUGCAAGCUAAUUGUAUGGUAUGCUUGUCAGAUAAGAAGUUUUGUCUUCAAAUACAAGUACCUGUGAAGUUUUCUGAAAGCCAGUCAAACAUGAACAUACCAAACUGUGCUCUUAUUGCUACAUCAAGUGUUCCUUUUUUUUAAAUCAAAAAGCAUGUUUUAAUUUCAUUUUAUUGUAGCGGCUUGCUGUAAGAAUGUAGUUUGCUUAAUUUUAUUAUUGUACUUGAAUUUUUAAUCAUGGUUUUAACAAUGUAACCGAACAGACCAUUUCAUUAGGUUCCACAGAAACCAUUCCUUUCAGAGGGCAAGGGAUUCCCAUGUUCAUAGUUUCCAUAAAUGACCCCCCCCGAAAUAGAUUUUUUUCAUUGAAAUACUUCAGUAUUAUGGAGGCAAUUAAUGAUUUCAAGAGGGCUUAUGUUUAAAUUUGCACAGAUAAUGGAGCACCUUUUUAUGAUGGAAAAAUAUGGGGAAAGAUAACUUCAUAAUUAUAACCACAAUGGCUGGUGGAAACUUGCAGAGGAACUAGGCAAAACCAGGAGUCUUGUGCCUUUUCAGUUUGCAGGAUACCUAUUUUGCCCGCAUGACAACAUUUUUUUUUUGGAUUCCUGAGAGAGUAGAUUUCUGCAGUGCUUCAAUCAUAAAAGCAACUGUUUUGCUGUAAUUUUGUUGGAUUUUAGUGUGUGCAGUCAUUUAAAAACAGCUAAGUUGAAAACCAAUUGAAGUAUGUUUUCUGUUAAGGAGGUGAGGUAAUAGAGAAUUUAGUCACGUAAGGAACUUUAUAUUGGACUAUUUAAAUAAAAAAUAUGAUUUUAUUUCUCCCCCUCAGUUGCUGAUUAGCGACAAGAUUUCUUUAAGGUUUCAUACUCCUUGGUCCUGCAUUGUAAUCAGGAGUUGCAUUUGAACAUCAUUCAGUUCCCCAAUCAAGAUUAAAAGCAAAAAUUGUGGUCAGUUGAUUUCUAAGACUGUGAUACAUGAUUCUGAAGCAGUUUCUAGAAAAGAGCAGAGAAAAUACUGUGUCAUAUAAUGGAAUUUUUCAUAAAUGUUUUUGUAUUUCUUCUGCAGAGUAGGAGUGUUAAAGUAAGCUUCAUUGGGUUUUAGUUCUGUGAAGAUAGUUUUACCACUUGGUAGUUAACAGUAAUUAUGGCACCAUGAAACAAUCUCAGAGUAAAAUUCUGUAAUUUCAGUGCAGGAGUUAGAGACCUGGUGAACUGGAGUCCAUUUUGAGUCAAUCUCUUUGGUUUAUAAAAGUUCCUGUAAACAGAAAAAGCCCCAGAAACCUAAAAAUCUCCCAAACCUCGGAGCUUCCCAAUAGAAUGCAACAAGACGUGCAGGAAGUGAAUAGUGGUUGUAGGCUAAUGACACUGGCUUAGCACUGGGCUGCCUUACAGAGCGUUGCGGGGUUGUGGUACCCUAACUGCCCUCUUCCCCUCCCAUCGAAAUCAGAGUUGUUUUCAGACUUUGAAAUUAAUGAUUACAAAAGAAGAUGAAGAAACUUGCACAUUUUUAUGUAUAGGUGUCUCACAUUUAAAGUCUUGUUUUCCCAUUACUGUCAUUUGGUUGGGAAUUGUGUUUAAAAACAAACAAACAAACAAAACAGUCCUUUGGUUUCCCUGUUGUCUACUUUAUUAUUAUUAUUAUUAUUAUUAUUACUGUUUUUUAAAGCAGUUCAUGCAGUGCGUCUUUCAAUUAUUGGUGGAUUAGACAUUGUGGAACAAAAGGAACUUUUUAACAGGAAGAACUGCCUUGGGUUAGCUAUACGUACAGUCAUCCUAUGAGACAUGUUCCAGAAUGCAUAGGGUACCAAUAAAAUAUGGAGUGGGGGAAUAUCCUUUUUUGCUGUUCUGAGCUACUAUUGUCAACUGCUGUUGUACAUAUACUGUUAUGUGUAAGGGGGUAAAUAUAUUUAUUAUGUUUGUAAAAUUCAUUCUGUACAAUUGCAGAUCAAGGUUGCUCCUCUGUGAUAUACAGGAUAUUAUGUUUCAAAGGCCAUGCUUGGAAUACAAUUAGAGAACUUAGUAUUUUGAUGUACUAAGACCUAUUUUAAGUUUAAUAUUUUGCCUUUGCAAAAACUUUAAUUAAAGAUGUUAUUUAAAAA